AGACGACGAUGCUGGCUGCUACCGCGAGAUCCACGCUGCUGUGCGCGCCGCACAUGGGCGCUUCACUGGCGGCGCGCGCGCUGUCGUCGGCGGGCGAGCCGCUGGUGCUCGUGGAGAAGAAGGACAAGUACGCGGUCGUGCGCUUGAACCGCCCGCCCGUCAACUCGCUCAACACAGCGCUGAUCCAAGAACUGGACGCGACCAUCAAGAAGCUCGAAGACGACAAAACCGUGCGGGGCAUCAUCCUGGCGUCGUCCAACCAAAAGGUCUUCUCCGCGGGUCUGGACAUCAUGGAGAUGUACCAACCGCAGCCAGUCAAGAUCACCAAGUUCUGGACGUCUCUCCAGGAUCUGUACCUGCGUCUGUACACGACGCGGCUGGCCGCCGUCGCCGCCAUUGAAGGCCACAGCCCCGCGGGCGGCUGCUUGCUGGCCAUGUGCUGCGACUACCGCAUCAUGACCAGUGGCAAGCCCAUGAUCGGCCUCAACGAGACGCAGUUGGGCAUCGUCGCCCCCACGUGGUUCCGUGACACGUUUGUCAACACCAUCGGCCACCGUGAGGCCGAGAAGAUGCUCGGACUGGGACUGCAGGUGGAUGCAUCGAAGGCCAAAGCGAUUGGCUUGGUGGACGAGGCUGUGGCGCUUGAGGAGGUGUUCCCUCGCGCUGAGGCCGCGAUGGCCAAGUGGCUCGCCAUUCCGGACAUGGCACGGGUGAAGACCAAGCUGCUGAUGCGCCAAGACACGGCGGAUCGACUGUUGGCUACCCGUGAAAAGGACCUGGAGGCGUUCACGGACUUUGCGCAGACAGACAAGGUGCAGAAAUCGCUCGGCGCGUACCUUGCUUCUCUUAAGAAGAAGUAG